UUUUACUCCAGGUUUGGUCCUCGUAUUGACCCCGAGCAGCUCUGGUCGUUUUUCUAUUGUUUAUAACGAUCGCUGUAAACCCUACUUUCCUCUCCAGCCAUCCAUCUCUUCCAUUUUCUCUCGUCUUCUCUCCUCUAACAACCCUACCCUCUCUCUCUCUCUCCCUCCCUCCCUCUCUCGCUCGCUCGCUUUUCUUCGUUGAUCUUCGCAUCUAGUUUUUUUUCUUUUUGUAAAAUGUCUAGCGCUUUGGACAUGUCUCUGGACGAUCUGAUAAAGACCAACAAAAAAGCAGGAGGUGGAAGCUCUAGAGGCAGAGGCAGGGCCUCUGGUCCUGGCCCUGCUCGUCGCUUCCCCAACCGUGGUGCCAACAGGGCGGCGCCUUACGCACCCCCAAAGGCUCCGGAUUCCACCUGGCAGCACGAUAUGUUUGCAGAUCAGGCGUUGGCGUACCCGGCACAGGCUGUCCGAGCCUCUGCCAUUGAAACCGGAACGAAGCUCUAUAUUUCCAACUUAGAUUACGGCGUAUCCAACGAAGACAUCAAGGUAAUAUUUUUCUACUUCUACGCUCUUUGUUGUUUAAUUAAUAUUCCCCUAAUUACCACAAGCUCAGAAGAAGGAACAGAAGUUGUUUUCUCACGGCGGGCAGAUGCUGUAGCAGCUGUUAAGAGAUACAACAAUGUUCAGCUUGAUGGGAAGCCAAUGAAAAUAGAGAUUGUCGGAACAAACAUUGUGACACCUGCUCCUGUUCCUUCUGCUAUGAGCAACACUUUUGGGAAUACAAAUGGAGUUGCUAGAAGUGGACAAGGAAGGGGUGUUGCGCAGGGGCGACUGCGAGGUGGUGGAGGCCGUGGAUUUGGAAGGGGCCGUGGACGGGGAAGAGGCCGUGGAGAGAAGGUUUCUGCAGAAGAUCUUGAUGCUGAUUUGGAGAAUUAUCACAAAGAAGCAAUGGAGAUAAAUUAAAGUGAAGGCAUCCAUUGUCUCUCUUUGGUUGGCUAUUUAUGUAUCUGCUGUUGCAGCCAUUGUGUGCUUGAUGAUGCAACAACCCCAACUAUUUUGUGUAUUUCUAUCAAAGUCUGCUCUUAGAGAGAGAGAGAGAGGGAAAAAAACUAGAGAGAACUAUAUUAGAAUGUUCGUUCAUGGAUCUUGGGCUUUUGUUGCUAAUUAUUCCUUUAAUUUGGGUAAAAAGUGUUUGGGUUAAUGGACUGACAGCUGUCAUGCAUAUUAUGGCCACCUGCCAUUGGUUUGUUAAUCCUCGUUGAUUUAUUCUACAAGUAGCGGCCUGUAAGUGGGAACUCUCAUUUUCCACACAGCUUGGCUGAAGGUGAUGGAUCAAUGGUUCAGCAGAUGCUCACCCCACCUUAACCCCCCCACUGUUGCCAAGUGCUAUGAUUGCUUCUGGAGUACUGGGGGACACCAAUUUGAGGUAGUUUCCAUUCUUGUUUUCAUUUAUGUUUUCUUCAGCUGUUAAAUAUUUGGCUGGUUAGAUUUUAAGUUCAGUGUUGUACUGUAUCUCAUAUUCUGCCAAGGGAAUUAAUAGUUUCUGUGGUUAAUUGGUUUGAAUUUCGACAUGACUAAUUAUCAUGAACUUGUAUUCUUCAGAGGAAA